AUGAUUAGUACCAAGAAAAUGAUCCAAAUUGCAAGUAAGUGGCAGAGACAAGCUGCAAAGCAGAGGAAGAGGAUCCAAUGGCGAAAGGGUCAAGAAAAUUAUGUGUCGAAAGAGGAAGGGUUCGGCGGCGCGUGGGCGACGAAGGCAGAGAAGGGUCACUUUGUUGUGUAUAGCACAGAUAAGAGGCGAUUCGUGCUUCCAUUGGUGUAUUUGAGCAACAAAAUCUUCAUAGAGCUAUUCAAGUUGGCUGAAGAAGAAUUUGGUCUAUGUAGCAAUGUGCCUCUAAUGUUGCCAUUUGAUGCAACACUAAUUGAAUACGUAAUUACCUUGGUAGAAGGGAGUGUAGCUAAGGAUCUUGAGGAAGCUCUCUUGAUUUCAAUUGCAAAUCGUCGAUGCUACUCAUAUUUUGAUGUUAAUCAUCAUGAAUUAUAUAAUAACAACAGCCAGCAAUGGUUAUGCAGUUUUUGA